GGAAAAACCAGAUGGAUAAGCGGCUUCAUAAAUCUCCAUCUACAAUUGACUUGCUAAGCCAAAAGAAUGUGAAGAAUUAGAGGUUGGGGUAGAGGAAUUGCCUGUUAUUGCUACUGCGGGACAAGUUCCUCCCAAGGAAGUUGUAGCAGUUGUUCGGCCUUCUAAUUAUGUAUCUAAACAUGAUUCAAGAGCUUUGGAUCAGAGAUUUAUAUUUAAAUGUAAUGUAGACAUGAUAUUGGAACUGAAGCACACUGGCCAAAUGAAAGAUCCUCAAAAACUUAACCAUGUUUAUACGAAGCGUGUCUCACCUUCUUCAGAUCAUGGAAUCCAUGGCAUAUAUGUCUUUCCAAUAGGGAGCAAGUUCCCGUGUUUAUUUCGAGAGGUGGGAGUAUACACAUUUUCAUUUUCUCUUACUGAUUCAAGUUGUAAGCCAUUUGUCAAGAGAGUUAAAGUCAAGGCAUCUUCUGAGAUAGGGAAGUGGGCACUUUUAAAUGAUGAGCAGAGCCAACCUUUUAGUGUGAGUGUUGGUUCAACUUUGAGUCCUCUCUCAAUUGCAUGUUAUGACAUCUAUGAAAAUAGAGCUCCUUUUCCAUCUAAUCCUGAAGUUGUUGUCAAGCUCGAAGCAGAUGAGGACUCAGUUUUUCAUGUUAGAAAAUUUAAGAGUAACCUUUCUACUUCAAAUUUGUUCCUAAAAAUUGAGGACUUACUGAUUGAAAGCAAUGACUUGGACAAGAUCAGACCUGGUUACAAAGCCACUCUAGUCAUAUCUAACUCAGAUGGGAAAUUCUCUGUUUCCAUUCCUUGCCAUGUAACUCCAGGUUGUUUGAACCAUCUUAAAGCCCAACAAGAAAUUUUGGCUGACCAACUUCUGCCAAGUUGCAUUGUUAAAGAGCUUGAAUUAGAGGUCAGAUGGUUUCACAUGUUAACAAUGUGUCCUAUAUUUUCCUCUCUCCAUAUGUUUGAUGCAUGUGGAAAUCAUGUUGUGGGAGGCUUGGAAGUUCAGUUGGAUGUUGAGGGAUUUGAGAUGCUAGAUCAACUAGGCCCGAGGCAUAAGGUGGACCAUCAUGGACGUGUCGACCUUAGUGGCCUCUUGAAAGUAACAGCUGGUUAUGGAGAGAAUGCAUUGCUCUCUGUAUCAUCAGGCAAUAAAGUCUUUUUUAAACAAGAAUUUCAGAUUGAGAAAAGAGAACUGAGAAUCGCAUCGAAGGUACCCGAGAUUCUUACUGCUGGUUCCAAACUAGAAAAUAUCAUUUUUGAAAUUGUCAACUGUGAGGGUAUUGUGGAUGAUACUAUCCACGAUGAAGAGAAAACUGGCCUGUCACAUAUGCUAACAAUAAAGGCUGAUUGGCUUAAUUUGGGAGAGUCUGUCCGGUAUACUCUUAAGCAUGGGCGCUGCAUUGUUCCUGCUAUUCCUUUAUGUAAAAUUGCAGGAAACUAUAGCUUUUUAGCUAUCCAUUCUCGCCAUUCAAACCUUAGUCUGAAUGUUGAGGUGGGAACAACUAUGUAAAAGCUAUAUGUGAUGUUUUUGUUUUGUUGCUU